AUGCCGUGGACUGUCACCAAUUCUUUUAAGCGAGGCCUGAUGAAAACAUACGGAAGACCGACAUGGCGCGUCUAUGACGAUGAACGGGCCGCGAAAAAAGACGCGUCCAAGAUGAAAACCAACCUUCAGUAUGCGAUUCGCGAGUCAUCCGCCGCCGUCCUGUCCAGUCCCUCACGCCGCAACUCGGUCGUCUUGUCCGAAGGCACCCUCGACGAUAUCGACGAUCUCACCACUCCUCCUUCCUCGCCACCGCCGCGUUUGACUCCUCCCCCCGCCAAUACUCGCAAGCCAACCUUUGCCUUUCUCAAGCGCAAGCAUAAAGAAGCCGCCGCCGGAUCUCCUCUGACGGAAGUCAACUCCAACAGUGUGCGAUCCUCAGCAGACCCGCCCAAGCAGCAGCAGCAACAGCAGCUCCAUGCGCAUCCACCACCUCCUCCGCAACCACAAAAGGCGACGCCGAAGCAGCCCGCGCUGCGUCAGAUGCAGAUUGACCUAGGCAGCGAGGUGCGCAAGACUUGUGCGACAUGCGGGAUGGAGUACAUCCCCUCAAAUACGGAAGAUUCGGCAUUGCACAAAAAAUUCCACGAAAUGAAUUCGACGGGCGUCGACCUCGGCAAGGCUUUUAUGCGCGCCAAUGCUUCGCGCUGGGUUUACGAAGCUACCCGGUUUGAUGAGGGUUACGUGGUUAUUGUCGACCGCAAGGCCACGCCCAGUGCCAAGAACCAAGCGAAAAAGGUACUCGAGGUGGUCAAUAAGGAGCUUUCAUCGCCGGAGAUUGAGGACGAGGUACUCUGGAGCCAGGCCGAACCUCCGAAACACCUACACACCGAUAAUACUGAGGAGAAGGUCGAUCGAUACCGAGUGUUUCUGCAUAUGAAGGACAGUCGCUGCGUGGGGCUAUGUCUAACGGAGCGCAUCUGGGAGGCGCGCCCGGUGGUCCAGGGUGAAACCAAUGGCCACACGAACGGCUCGUCAGUGUCGGUCAAGGACGAGAUUCAUCCAGCGAUCGUUGGAGUUUCACGAAUUUGGACAUCAGGCGCAUCGCGACGAAAGGGCAUUGCCUUGGAUUUGUUGGAUUGUGUUGUCAGCAAUUUCAUUUACGGCAUGGAGAUCCCCAAGGAUAAGAUUGCGUUCAGCCAACCCACGGAGAGUGGCAAGAAGCUGGCUCAUAAAUUCUUCGAGGAUGAUGAGACGUGGCAUGUGUAUAACGAGCGGUGA